ACACCGGCUGACCCAGUCAUGGGCACAGAGGACCCAAAUCGCUCUCUGCAUGGACUUAUACUGGAUUAAUCAACUUAACCUAUUUAUUUAUUUGCAUAUUUAUGGUUUAUCUACUUUCUUGAGCCCUGAAUGCGGACGCGGAGCACUAUGCACUCCAGAGAGAAGUCGCGGAGCUGCGAUAAUUACCUGAGUAUAAAGGACUCGGAGUCGUUGGACCGCUGCAUUCAGAGCGUGUUAUCGGCUCUGUAUCCUCCGUUCAGCGCGUCGGCGGCCACCGUCCUGUGGCAGCUCUUCAGUGUCGUGGAGAGACAGUACCGCGGAGACGGCCUGCACUGCUUCAUUGACUUCCUGCUGCCCGCCAAGAGAAUCCUGCAGAUAAUAAAACAGGAGGCCUGUCUGCGAUUCAAAGGCCUGUUGCUGUACCACGAGGGAUGGCCACUGUGUUUGCAUGAAAAGGUGGUUCUGCAACUUGCACCCCUGCAUAAAGUACGUCUACGGCAGGGAGAUUUCUACCUGCAGGUGGUUCCCUUAGGCCGCAAGGCUGCCAAACUGGUCAUAAAAUGCCUGUCAGGGAGCGGACAAGCCAUCGCAGAGAUCCCUGUGGCCGAGAGCAUGUACGGCAGCGUGUUCACACCUGAGUUCCUGCAGAAUGUAACGCAUGAGCGCAACCUGCACCCUCUCCAGAACUGCCUCCUCAGUACCGGCGCUGUGGUUUACCGAACGCCCUGGAAGAACGUGGUCAAUCCUUUGUUCGUGACCAGCACUGCCGACGCAAUCAUGCAGGCGCGGAGCAGCGGCGGGACCCUGCGGGGUCAGCUCAGCACCUGCAGCACCCACGGAUCCACAGGAACGCUCAGUUCCCGAGACUCCUUGGGCGCUGAGUCCACCGUGUCCGAGCCAGUCCUCAGCGGGAGCCUCACGGAUAUGGGCAUCAGCUCCCUGCACUCGGAGGAUUCGCCCUUGCAAAAGAGUCCCAACUCCCUUCCCCAGACACCCACCUUGGGCAGCCCAGAUCAGGGAUGCAUUCGAGGCGGAAUCGGCAACAAAAUCCUCUCGUUCAGCACAGACCUUAGCAAUCCCGGCCUUCGCAAGAGGCAUCCCAGAGACUCUGCGGCCUUCGAGUCGCGUCGGCUUUUCCGCAAGUCCUACAUGGAGGCACUGCAGAACCCCAUGAACCUCGGCUCCAGCUCAGAAUCAAUUCUGGAGGAAGGGACGGAAUCUGAACCAGGAGCGCCUCACGGCUCCGUCACAAAGGAUCCGAUCCCUCGGAGAACCUGUGAUCGUGGAUGGCUGGGAGGAGAUGAAUCUCGCAACGGUUCUCCCGCUGUCCAUCCAUCCAAGAGCGCCGAGUUCAGUCUGGGUGAGAGACGCUCCAAAUCUCUCGAACGUACCAACAAGGCCUUGCAGGUUAAAGGCCACCGGGCACGGUCGUCCUCCGGUGGAUCCGGUAGCGGCCUUCCCAAGAAACUUAUGAAUGGUUAUGCAUUUCGUUUUGGAAAAUUGGAUUUGGAGGCGGCCUUUCCUGGCAUCGAGAAACGGAGCAACAAAGAGAACUCAGGUCUCUCUGAUGAGGGUCUGCACUCGAGCCCCAGGAGGAACAGUAACAGCGCUGAUGAGUUUGUUCCUCCUAAACCCCCCAGCAGAGCAGCGGUGUCUCCUGGCCCGUCCGCGGCGCCCCCUGCUGUCUGUGCUCCAGCGCUGCUCUCACUCAUCAACCAGGAGCUCCUGACCUCCGGUGCUCUGACGCUUCCCGGUAACCAGGACCGCGGUGGCAGAGCCGUGCUGCAGGUGUGCACCAGGAACCAGGUGUGGACAGACGCGCGCUUCACCACAAACCAGAUCAGCCAGCUGCUCUGCUGCUACUGCCACAGACUGCGGAGGGAGAAGCGAGACCUGGGUUUGACGGUUCUCGUUGACGCCCGCAGGCGAGCGGUCGCGUCUGCGCUCUUCUCGGCUCUGUCUGAGCUUCAGACUCUCGUACCCAAUGCACUUUACUCAGUUUUGAUUCUGAUGGACAGAGAUGCAGCAGUGAAAGUGGAGCGAGACGUCUCAGUUCCUUGUGAAGUCCUGACGUCUCUGAAAGCUCUGCAGAAGCACAUCGACUCGUCGCAGCUCACCAGAGACUUUGACGGCAGCUUCCCAUACGAGCACAGCCACUACAUUCACUUCAGACAGAAAAUCGAACCGUUUGCUGCGAGCUGCAGCGCUGCGAUCGCUUCUCUUCAAAGCUCCAUCGAGACGCUGAGCAGCAUCGGCAGUCUGGAGACGUCUGAGGAGGUGUCAGAGGUCAUCAGCCAGCAGAAGAGUCUCAUGAAGAGCGUUCUGGACGACACCAAACUCAACCGCCUGCGGCUGGAGGGCGGCACCUUUCUGGCCCGCAUCAGGAAAGAGGAGAUGUGUGAAAACGAGAACUACAGGUACUGCCUUCAUCAGAGGACUGAUAAAUCCUUACAUUGA